AUGCGAAAGCUCCGUUCGACCUUCAAGAGGUCGCGCACCCCUACGGGAGCGGAAAUGAAGUCCCAGUCAAGCUUGGAAGUACCCAAGCAAGUACGCUCUGCCUCUUUCGAUGAAAUCCAGCUGGAGGUCCAGAGGCUAGAUCAGAAUUCUGAAAUGCGCCAGACACGUGGACCUGGACCUGGACCAGGUUCAGGGAGUCCGAUCAGGACUUCCUUGAAGGUUCCAGUGGCCACCAGUCAGAGGUCCAGGUCAUUUGACAUGUACGAGAAGAGCUCGCUGCUGGGGACGACAUCCAGGUCGGUGAGGAAGGAGCUCCUGGUCCAGGUCGCCUGCUACCACUGUGUCUGCGUUGAGGAAUUCAAGAAGCUAUCCCAGGCCAGGAGCGAGUCUGACAAAGACUCUGAUGAUGAUUCAACUGGUAGCACUCACUUGAGGGUCUGCAAUGAUGAUUACGACGCUGAUGAUGACCUACCCAGGUCCGACGCUUCCGAUAGAUCCGAGUCUGCUCUGGAGGACGAGAAUGAAGGACCCAGGGACGGAAGUCCGGAGAUCAGGGUCACCUUGUUGAAUUUUGAUGAGUAUGAUGUUGAUGGCAGCUCCGAUGAAGGCAUCAGGGUCGAGUUUGUCCCUGAGCGGACCAGGAGGCUCUCCAGGCAGGAGGCUUUGAUUGAGUUGCCGGCGAUUCUUGGACCUGAGGAGGAUGAUGAUGAUGAAGAGGAGGAUGAUGAAGUUGAAAAGGCGAAAUUGGUGGUUAGGGAUAUCUUCUUAACUGUGCCGGAAUUGAAGAGAGACAGGGCCGCCUCGGUGGAUUCGUGCUUCAAUAGUGCUAAAAGCUGCCAAAGUGAUGAUUCUGGAUGUCUGACGGUUCCUCAGCAGGGUGCCAGGUCGAAAAGUGUGGAUAUUGUUCUGCCUACUGAUCAGCAGACGAGAUACACUGCGUUGCUGCCGAAUAAGGAUGAUAGAAGAGGAGGGAAAAGCGAUUCGGGGGCAUCCAGCAGCCGAGAAUUGCGUUCGACCCCUGACUGGAGCUCAGAGGCGAUCAACGGCGAGCACUUGUGGGUCCCGACAGCCGCUUCAGGAGAAUUCUGCUAUGCCAACGACUGUUCGAAGCACGGCCCGAGAGUGAAAUGCGCCGCUUGCCGAGUAGUAGCUCACACACUCUGCGCCGCAGGCCUUAACUUCUCCUGCAAGUCGUCGUUCCGCGACGUCGACGUGCGGCAGUACCGAGAACAAACUUCAACCCAGCACCACUGGGUGCACCGCCGUUCCCAAAAAGGAAAGUGCGCGAACUGUUCCAAGGCCUUCCAGUCAAAGCUCUCGUUCUCCUCAAAGGAAAUCGUCGCAGUGUCCUGCAGUUGGUGCAAAUCCGCGUAUCACAACAAAGAGGCGUGCUUUAACGUCGAAAAAAUCGGCGAAAACUGCGAAUUGGGCGUGCACAACCGGAUAAUAGUCCCGCCCUCCUGGAUAGUGAAACUCCCCCGCAAGGGCCUGUUUAAGUCCAGCCUCCGGAAGUCUCCCCGAAAGCGGAAAUCCGGUAAGGGCGACUCCACUCGCCGGAAAAGCGUCGCCCCCGGCGACCCCAAAGACCAGGGAAAAAUCUGGGUGGUCAAGCCCAUCCCCACCCCCACUGUCAAGCCAGUUAUUGUCUUUAUAAACCCGAAGAGUGGGGGAAAUCAGGGCGCGAAACUCCUCCAGAAAUUCCAGUGGUUGCUAAACCCCCGACAGGUGUUCGACCUUACGCAGGGCGGGCCGCGAAUGGGCCUGGAACUCUUCCAAAAGGUCCCUAAUUUACGAGUUCUGGCCUGUGGUGGGGAUGGAACAGUGGGCUGGGUCUUGUCAAUCCUUGACCAGAUCGGCGUAUCUCCGCCCCCGGCUGUUGGGGUCCUCCCCCUUGGGACCGGGAACGAUCUGGCUCGCGCUCUCGGAUGGGGAGGGGGGUACACUGACGAGCCAAUAGGGAAGAUCCUUUCGAAUAUUGGGGAUAGUGAUACCACCCUAUUGGACAGGUGGGAGGUGGCUGUUGAGAAGAACCCUGACGCCGCGGAGGAGGACGACGGGAAGGGGAAGGACAACCUCCCACUUAAUGUUGUGAAUAAUUAUUUCUCCCUUGGGGUCGACGCCCACAUCGCUCUGGAGUUCCAUGAAGCUAGAGAGGCCCAUCCGGAGAAAUUCAACUCCAGGCUGAGGAACAAGAUGUUCUACGGCCAGAUGGGCGGGAAGGAUUUGGUCAGGAGGAAGUGGAAGGACUUGAGCGAAUUCGUGACCUUGGAGUGCGAUGGACAGGAUAUGACGCCUAAAUUGAAGGAGCACAGGGUCCAUGCUAUUGUUUUUCUGAAUAUCCCCUCCUAUGGGGGCGGGACCCAUCCCUGGGGAGGCGGGUCUGGGACCAAGGAACCUUCCACCGAGGACGGGUUGUUGGAGGUGGUGGGCCUGACAACCUAUCAGCUGCCGCUCCUUCAAGCUGGAGGACACGGCACUUGUAUUACUCAGUGCAGUAGGGCUAGGUUGGUUACUACCAGGACCAUUCCUAUGCAGGUUGAUGGAGAAGCUUGCAGGGUGCUGCCAUCUAUCAUGGAGAUCAAGUUGCUGAAUAGGGCGACUAUGUUGGCUAAGAGAAGGAGCUCGGGGAAAGGAAGGACCAGGAGUCAGGGGGAUAAAUUGGAAAGUUUGAAGUUGCAGAUUAUGAGGAUUAAGAUGAAGGAUUAUGAGACUUAUCAUUCGGAUAAGGAAAGGUUGAUUGGCGCUGCUGUUCCUUUGACUCCAGAACCUUUGGAUCUUGAGGCUACUAUGGAUCUCGAGUCGCUUAGGAAGUUGCUGGCCAGGGAUUUCAAUAUGGACAACUGCUGCUUUCUUGAUUGUGAAAUCGACCGAGCUCAAGAGCAGCUGCACUAUGUAACAGAUGUCGCCUCAGAAGCGGUGUUUGUUCUAGAAGAGGACGCUGCUGUAACCAAUAUUGAAGAGGCUGGCAAAGCAGACGCCUCUCCAAGCGAAGAACGUCCGAGUACGAGGAGCAAACCGAAGGCGCCGGAACGGCCAGCUGAAAGUAUUCCGGAUGAAAGUAUUAAUGUAGAGGGUAAAAGUAUUAAUUUAGAGCAGAGUAAUGUAGAUAAGGGUCAAAAAAGUAAAGAUUCUGUAGAAAAAGACGUACCGGUAGAGGGUAGCACUGAAACACAACGACACUCACCUGAUAAUGAUAAUGAUAAGGUUAAUGAAGAAAGUGUUCCUAAGAAGGAGCCUGAGCCUAGACAAAGCUCGUCCAAAUCUGUUGCGCCGGAGAGAUUCGAUCGAGCGCCAUCUUCUGCUUUUAUCAGUGCUCGCGAAAGACUGUUCAGUUUAGCACCAGAAGUCCAGCUAGGAAUGAAUCCCCUGCUAGAAAAGCCGUCAGAUGGCAUCAUCCGAGCUGCCAAAACAGGAGACCUCAAAUCCCUAAGAGAACUCCACUCCCGAGGGUACUCGCUGCUAUCUAUAGACGCCAAUGGCCAAACUGCCCUCCAUCUUGCUGCCAGGCAUGGCUACAAAGACAUCGUGAGGUACCUGAUAGCUUGCGCCCCUCCAUCGAUCCUCAACAUGGCCGACAACGACAAAGGGCAGACUGCGCUCCACAAAGCCGCGCAGCAAAAACGCCGUUCUAUAUGCUGCAUGCUAGUCGCAGGUGGCGCCACUCUCACUGCUAAAGAUCGACACGGGAACACACCCAGGGAACUGGCGCUUAUGUCCGAAGAUCGGGACCUCGCUGCUUAUUUAUACAGUCAAGAACAAUUUCAUCUAGACACCGAAGACAUGCUACUGAAUCUUCCCUGA